AUGAACCAUAGGUUCGCAACAUUGGAUGGCAUAGACGACAUCGCACCUGUGAAAGCUCGCAGUGCAUUACGGGAUGCAAGCCACCAGCUGAUUGAACGCGGUCUACUUGAUGCUGCACAAUGGUGCCUUGAAUUGUUAUCAUGUGUUCCUCACCCGCAAGGCGCCCCCCUUAGCACGCCUCGCUUAGGUACUGAUGAGUUCGCACACAAGUUUCCUGUACAUUCAACACCAGCAUUAAAUCUAGAAUCUCCUUCCUGGGCCAAUGAAGAACAAGUUGGAGAAGGUGCUACCUCAUGGAUGAGCUGGGAGAAUACCUCGCCCUCUGGACAAAGCCGCGGAAUGCCAUCUCCUGCGCGAUCCAUGGAUCCACCCACAUCGCCAGAUGAGCAUUUGCAUGUACGGAUAAGCGAGCCAUCACAAAGAAAUCAAAAUAGCAUGCAGUACGAUGAUGUGUACUUAUUGGCGAAGACGUUUUUCGAUCGCGAGAACUUUCAGGCAUGUAUUGCGCACCUUGAGGAGCAGCAAGACCUGUCGGACAAGGCGCGCUUCUUACUGCUAUACGCAAAACUGCUUAUGUACGAUAUGCAUCCAACAAAACCAAAUGAACUGUUACCACCACUAGCAUAUGCCGAUAAGAGUGCUAUCGACGGUGCACAUCCAGUCCUUGUCUCACUGUUGCAAGACCUAAUUUCACCGUCUGACCCUUUUCUCCUCUUUCUUAAAGGGGUCAUCCUCCGCAAACUACACAAACGAAUUGAAGCAAUGGAUUGUCUUAUUUCAAGUUUGCGGGCAUUUCCAUACAAUUGGAGUGCGUGGAAAGAGUUGAGUCGAACACUGAACCAAAAGAAUGCAGAACGAGAACAGAUUUUGGACCUUCUUCCAUCCUCGUUCAUGAGUGUUUUUUUUCUUGAAUACUCGCAGCGCCAGUCUACGCAGAUUGACUUGGAACACUUUGAACGAAUUGAUGCGCUUCUCAUGCAUUUUCCCAGGUCAGCGUACCUUCUAACGUGUCGCGCGCAAGCACUUUACUUGCACCAAGAGCUUGAAGAUGCUGCAGAUACGUUCCAACAUGCCCUGGAACUCCAACCAUAUCGACUCGAUGGAAUUAGCGAAUAUUCGAACACGCUGUAUGUCCUAGAUCGUGAAGAUACGCUAGCGCAGCUCGUGCAGCAAUUUGCGCAUGUGUCCAACAGUGCUGAAAUAUGGUGUAUGCGAGGCAACUUCUACAACCAACGUGGUGAGCAUUUUCGCGCUGUGGAAUCUUUUAAGCAGGCCUUGCGCCUGGAUCAAGAGUGUGUGGCUGCAUGGAUUCUUCUCGGGCACGAAUACUUGGAGGUGAAAAAUAGCCACGCAGCAGCUGAGAUGUACCGACGCGCGAUUGAAUUGAAUCCACACGAUUAUCGACCAUGGCAUGGACUUGGACAUGUUUACGAGCUGAAUGAAGCGUGGUCUGCAGCUAUUGACUACUACCAACAAUGUGCCAUGAUUCGACCGCAUGAUGCUCGUAUGUGGGCAUCGCUAGGCGUGUGCUACGACAGAUUGGGGCGGAAUGCACAAGCAAUUGAGUGCUUUAAACGCCAUCUCACAUUCCGUGGAGGCAAUUGCACGGAUUAUCGAGCUGUAUGA